AAAUAAUUGAAUAUAUUAGAAAUAUAUGGUACCUAUAUGAUCUAUAUAAUAACGAGCACAAUUAACACUUUGAGUGACACAAUUAAUUUUCUGUAUUGAUUUAUCUAGAUUAUGUAUCCGAAUAUUAAUCGUCUUUUUUUUUUAUUGACCGUUACUUUUAUCUCUUUGUUCUCGUCCGAAACACCAAGAUUCGAUUGCAAGAAUGGAGCAAACGUACGAUCUUCUAGCAUUGAAUAAAUUUCUGCUUCAGACAUUGGCAUUUACAGAAGAAGUAAAACAUAUCUUGAAAUCUGAUUGCGAGGAAGCAAUAUUUUCUUUAAAACCGUGGUGUAAAAAAAUUAUUGUUAAACAGGAGGACGCUGCGAAUGCUUGUACUUGUUUCAAAUCCGAAAUCGAAGUUGAAGAAAUUGCUGCUGGAAUAAGUAGAACAUUGCUGCAAACACAGCAACUGCGAGAAAAGUUAUCCCUUAAUGUAAUAAAAGAAAAGAACCAUUUAAAACAACCUAAUUUGUCAAAAAUUUAUAAUCCUCACGCAUUUGGUGACGGCAGAAAAAAAGAAGAUAAAACUUUAAGUACAAGCAAUAACAAAUUACCAACUGUAGCAGCAAAGAAUGAAAAUAAAAAUACUGACAAAACAAAGAACAGUACGAAACAACUUGCAGCACAUUCGAAGUUCGUCAGAAAUAAAAAUUUUCUUGCAAUAAACAAACGAAAUAUUAAAACUAUACCGGAAGUUAAAAAACAUAAGAAUAUCAACCAGAAGUUGGAUAAUAAUUCUAAAUCUAGUUGUUCUAUAACAAAGACUGAGUGUCUUAGAUUUGAUAACAGAUCUAGUACAGCAUCUCCUAAUGAAUUAAAAAAUUUAAUAGAAAGACUGUCAUCUCAAUCUUCUAAUAGUACACUCUCUAAUAAGGAGGAUGCAAAAUGUCCAAUACAUGGAACUGUACCUUCACAAGUUGUGUACAAACAAAGUUUCAUAACUAUGGAUGUCAUAGACAGUAUUAAUACAUUUAAUAUUCCUGGCGACAUAAUUAAACCACUGAAAGCUUAUCAUACGUAUCUGAACACUAAAUUUUCAGACAAACCUCUUGACAAUGGAAAACGACAAAAAAUGCUCAAUACAUUUUUGACAGAAUUCAAUAAAAUGAACAACUUACAAAUUCGAAAAUCAGAUGUACAAAAAACAUUCAUUUAUAAUGAUUCAGAUAUGGCAGGAUGGAUGUCAAAUGGAAUAUGGAACCUUUUUUAUACAAGAUAUUUUGAAGGAAUUUCAAAAGUACAGUGUAUACAAUACACAAGCAGGAAUCAAUUGCUAUCGUUUUUUGAAAUGACACAACAGCUACAGCAAAUACAAUAUGUUAAAGACUUGGUUGAUAUUAUUUCAGAAGAAAUACUUCCUAGCAUUACAGUGUCUUUUGAUUCUGCAAAGCCAGAAUAUAUAAAAAUAUAUAAAAUGAUCUGUAUUCUUUGCCAGGGUCUAAAUCCAAAAAUUCCAGUUUUAGUAAGGACGGAUGUGUAA